AUGGUCCAAGAAAUUAAAGCCAAACAUAUUGGCAGUUUCUAUGAGCGAGAUGGUCCACUGGAUUUUAAUCAGCUAAUGAAUAAACUGAAGGAAGUGUCCGCGUCACGGCAAGCAAACUAUGUACCAACUCGUCUCCAGAUCCUUGACAACAAAGUGCUAACAGUACAUGUAAACAACCAACCGAAACCGUCCGAAGUGUUCAAAUUGGCGUUGGUUGAAGACGUCAACGGAUAUACAGCGACAAAGCGCAGCGCCAAGUUUCGCCAUUUACUCACAUUCCGCUAUAAAUUGAGUAAGGUUAAUGGCGGCCAUAAUUACGACGAGGUCCACACCUUUCUACUGAAUACAGAACCGGAACUGACAACGGCAGUAUCCAUGCUCAAGAAAGCCAUUAAUUCUGCCAAGAGUACUGAUUGCGACUUUCCACCCAAAUUGCCACUUUUUGAUGGCCGAAGAUAUGCUUCACCAAGGCGGCCGUCUAUGGAAAGAAUGCGGCGACGAAACUCGGCCGAAGUGGCCAGAUUGCAAACAACACCAGCGCUGAGUGCACAGAGGAGAGCCUCCCCCGAACUACCAUCUCGAGAAUUUUCAUUGGAUGCAGUACGGGCACAAAAUCGACUACCGCGCACAUCAAGGCCUCGAAACGAGGCAAGUUCAGAACCCAUCUUUGCAUUUUUGACUGUUUACCUUUCUCAGUAA